AUGGUGCUGCAACCGAUUCACUCUCCAGCCGAAACCCUCUCCUUUCUUAUACCAAAGUGUCACUUCGUAACCAUCCCUUUCAAGCCGAUGUCCGUGUCAUCAACGCCACCGCCUCCAUUGACUCCUCGUGCGCCCCGUCGAGAUCGUGUUGCCGCACCUAGUGGACGCGGUACAGGCUUCGGUGCUGACGAGCUGACGAGCUUCCUGAAAGCGCUAGAAGAACAUCUACCACUGGGGCGCGACGAGUUGGAACUGGUUCUUUCUAUCCACAUCCGGAGUUUCAGCGCCAACAACCACACGGUCGACUCAUUACGAAGGAAGUUCGCUGCUUUAUGCCGCCCCCGCAUACCUACUGGAGUGUUCUUCACCACCAAUAAAACGCAUUGCUACACGGUCCAACCGGUAGCCGUAUGCUGUCGCUUCACCCCUAACCACCUACAGUCCCCCCAGUAUUUCACCAGCUUACCUGUAAGCCGACGAUAA